GGCUGCCUUGGGUUGGCGCUGAUCGAACAGCAUAGUGCAAGCGAGCGACCAUAGAAAGCAGCCACAUCGCGUCGCUUCUCCAGCACAUCCAGCUGGGCGGGAUGCCGCGUUCUGUUUGUGCCAAUAACCUGCUUGGAACGUGCAGGAUUUGCCAGUAACUCAGCUAUUACUAGACGCGAAUCCUCUCUAUCAUCUCCUUUUAUUUUCUUUUGUCGUUUCCAACCGGGUACCUUCGCUUUCAUCUGUUGGACUUUUUGAACAAGGAUUGUAAUCGUGGAUGCCCCAAUUGGAAACAUGGACUGUACUGCACCUGAAACCCACCUAAUUGGCCAUGGAUCUUCGAAGUGCACCAAUGGUCCCCGAUGCAAUGCGCAUGAUAAUCCGUCGAAAUCUGAGUCGGAGCCUGCUUGGUCGCCAUGUCUGCCCUUAUCAUAAACCCAGCCAGCCCUAGCUACGGGCGAGCGUUCCCGGGGAUGUCCAUCCAUCAUGUCUUCACUUCGAUCGCUAGAUAGUGAUGCGGUUCAUAAUCCCGUGGAUAAAUCGGUCCAGACGUGGAAUACCGUAACCCAGACACUAUGUAUUACCGCAAUGACUAUCUUCUUUGGACUACGCGCAUACACCCGCCUAUCGCUGCUCAACGGGUUUUCGAAAGAAGAUUGGACUUGUCUUGGUGCUUAUUUUCUCGGGAUCUGCUACUCGACCAUUGCUCUCAUCAGUAUGCAAUCCCUCGCCUAUCCAGACCGUGCUAAUUCAGCGUAGUGGGCCACUAUGGCGGGGGCCUUCAUGUUUACGAUGUACCGGUUGAACAUCUCAUUCCAUUCCAAAAGGUAUAACCUCAGCUCGAAUUAAUACAUAAUACUCACACAUACAGACCGUCUACGUGACCAUGGUCAUGUACGGCCCGACCGCAUAUCUCACGAAAGUAUCCCUCCUGUGGAUCAUGACCCGAGUAUUCAAACCGUUCCGUGAAUUCGUUAUCUUCAUCUACAUCUUCCUCGGGGUCAUGCUAGCCUACUACAUCCCGGCCGUCAUCGUCAAGAUCCGCAUCUGCAACCCCAUCUCGAAAUUCUGGGCUCCAUCCACGCCCGGAUCAUGUCUCGACCAGACCUCCAUCAUCCUAGCCGACGCAGUCGUGAGCGUCGUCAGCGACAUGAUUAUCCUCCUACUCCCGUUACCGCUUACGCUGCGUCUCCAACUCCCGAUGAAGAAGAAGAUACGCGUGAUGGGCAUACUGGGCGCAGGGGGGAUGGCCUGCGCGUUCAGCGUUAUCCGAUUGAUUCUCAUUGUUGUCACCGGGCAGUCCGACGACGGGACGAUCGCAUUCAUGAGAGUGAACAUGUGCGGAAACGCCGAAAUCGCCAUCGGCAUCGUCUGCGCUUGUCUCCCCGCCCUCUCAGCUCUCAUCACGCACGUCUGCCACGAAUACUCCAGCAACGGCGCGACGCACACAUCCGGGAACGAUGCCAGCAAGGGCAAUCGCGACAGCCGUGCGGAGCGAGUCAGGCCGCCUCUCCAGCUGAAGGAGAUGGACUGCGACCAGGACAUUCUGAUGCAGCAUGUUCAAGGUCAGCCUCGGAUCGAGACGGCGGUUCUAAGCGAGGGAGGUCAUUUUCAUGUCGAGGCAGGCGGGAUUUUAAAGACGGUGGAUGUGUCGACGUCGGUGAGUUCGAGGGGUGGGUAGACGAUGGAUUGUAUACCAUGUACUCUAUUAUUUUGAGACAAUAUACCGGCAUACUAAUAUGGAGACAGUCUUUGAGGAAUGUAAGCAUCUAUCGCCU